AUGCCUCAAUUGGACUCCACACAUUGUCCCCGAUUUGGCAAAUCUUGGGGCCAGCUCGACCCCGCACUUGUUGCUAAACCCCAGGCUGGCAAUUUCAUCUGGGAACUUGGCCUCCUCCAGGCAGCAUUCCCUGCCCCAUACACUUCUCCAUGUCGGAAUCGCGCCACUACUGCCCACAAUGUCCUGCCUCCUUCCGUCGUCAGGAGCACCUUGAACGCCAUCGGGUGUGCCACCGUGGAGACCGCCCUUAUCGCUCUGCCUGCUGCUCCGCGCCCAAAGAAGCGCCGAGCCUGUGAUCGCUGUGUCCGCCUGAAGAAGGCGUGUAGCCAGAGCUCGCCGUGUGAGGCAUGCCAUGCGAAGAAUCAUGAAUGCACUUAUCAAUAUGCAGACCGGACUCGAGGAGCCGACAGUAACUCUUCGCCUGCUGUUGAUACGUCCAUCUUGGAUUUUGUGACGGGAUUUGAUACGUAUUCGACGCCGUCGGAUGCAUUCACAUCGCUCAUUCAAAGUGACUUCUCUCCCAACUUCCAACUUGACUCAGCGCCUUUCGAUUCAGUCAUUGGUCUUUCGGCCUCGGCAUUUACGAGUUUCACCUUUGGAAGGUUUCAUUUCCUCGACAAGUUCACCAGCGUCACCGGCUUCGUCAGCUCGUUUGAAUGCAUGAGAGAAUACGAGAUUAGAGAACUGGCAGCGGCUGUGACUGAGAUGGUACUGGCAGACAAGGAUCCAGACAUGUCGAUAUCUCUAGACUUUCUGCCCCUGUCCCUACCGUCACACGGGAGCGCAGAGGUGUCUACUGGGAUGUCUCGACGAUUAUCAAUUGGUAGGGACUGGCUUUCUGAUCCGCUGGCCGCAAUCACCAACAAGCUUGUCUAUGCGCUGAAGGAGGUUGCAUCCAAUCCAAGUCCUGGGUCGUCGAUCAACCUGACGUGGUCGCCAUUUAUUGAAAAAGUCUGUGUCCAGUUCUUCAGUCCCCCAAACGUCAGGCGAUAUCUGGCAUACUUCUGGUCAUUCUGGUACCCGAACUGCCCCAUCAUCCAUAAACCGACCUUUGACGUAUACGACGCACCGCAUACCCUACUUUUAUCCAUGACGUUGAUUGGCGCGAGCUUCGCGCCGGAGGAGGGGAUACAGCGGAAUGCGAAGCUUUGGUUCGACAGCGCCGAAGAGUUGGUCUUUGCCGACGAGCAUUUUCGCCGAGCAGUAUCAACGGGUGAUCAAACCGCGGAUGAUUUCACAAUUCGUCGGGAUGCGGUGAGGGCUCUUCAGGCGGCGUACUUGAUGUGCCUAUUGCAGAACUGGGAGGGGGAUGCCAACAGCAAGAGACGGAUUAGGCGGGUCAGGUUUAGUAUGGUGACAUCGAUCGGUCGCGAACUAGGAUUCGCCCCGGGCAGCCAUCAUGAGCUGAUGACAGAGGAGAAGAAUUGGGAUCGGUUCAUUGUAAAGGAGGAGUUCAACAGGACGCUGGCAUACAUCUUUCUGCUCGACACGGCCUUUGUCAUCUUCAACAAUACGCCGCCGAAAGUGUCGGUAUCAGAGCUUAACAUCGACCCUCUCUGUUCGGAGCGCUGCUUCCAAGCAACUACCGCAACUGACUGCUUCACGUACCUUGCUGAGCGAGACAAAACGAUGCCGAUCUCGGCCUACUCCUUUACAGGAUUGGUUUUCAGGGUGUGUCAGGGCGAUCUGAGCGCUCCAGAACGUGACUACAUUGCUCGACUGGGCAAGUUGAAUAUCUUCAUGAUAGUCAGCGCAUUCCACACCCUCCUCUUCCACGUCCGAAAUACCCUCGCCCCACAGGCCGCUAUCCUGCCAAUCCAACAAGGCCUUAACAACUGGAAACUCAUAUGGGCCGAGCACGAAUCACUCGAUACAAUGGAUCCCGCAUGCUUGAACCCUGGAUCACCAGCCGAGUGCUGGAAGCGCACCGGGUUUAUGGAGUAUGCACCAGAAUACUGGACACUGGCGCAGGCGAUGAUAAUCAGCGUGCAGCAGACGCAGACAAUUAGCGAACCCGAGUCCAGUUCCAGUUUGGGAUUGCUUCUCACGCGCUUUGAUGACAAUGAUAUGAAUCAGCUUCAUCGGUUUAUCAAGUGGGUUUCUAAUGCGGGGAUAUUGAGGGUUUGAAUGUGAAUCGUCUCGUCUAGUGUUUAUUCAAGGCUUAGCAUAAUACCUUGUAAUUAACGCUUUGUACAAU